CUCAGAAUGCUGUUGUGCCUUGGUGAGAUAUGAAGAGGGAGAGCAGACAUUCAAGUCUGUAAGGAACCCUACUCCAAAGCCAAAUCUGUUUUCAUAUGGAGAGACAGGGGGAUUCAGCCCAACUCUCAGAUUAAAUAAAACACUCAAAGAGAAUUUUCUUCCAGGUCUGAGUAUGGGACACAAGACUGCAGUGCUGGCAGGAAUUCUCCAAAAGCCCACCAUCUGGGCCGAGCCGGGCCUUGUGAUUGCUCAACAUAUGCCUGUGAUUAUUUGGUGUCAGGGGUCCUGGGAGGCCCAGGAGUACUAUAUGCAUAAAGAGGGAAGCAUAGAUCCUUGGGACAGACAGUACCCUCUGGAACAGAAGAACAAAGCUAAGUUCCACAUUGACAAAAUGUCAAAGGACUUUUCAGGGAUAUACAAGUGUUACUAUAAGAGUCCUGCUGGCUUGUCAGAGCACAGUGACACCCUUGUGCUGGUACUAACAGGAGCCUAUGAUGAACCAAGCCUGUAUGUCUGGCCCAGCCCUGCUGUAACUUCAGGAGAGUGCAUAACCAUGCAGUGUAUCUCAUCUCUGGGAUUUGACAGAUUCAUUCUGAUCCAGGAAGGAAAACAUAACCUCUCAUUGACCCUGGACUCACAGCAACUAACCAACAUGCUAUUUCAGGCUCAUUUUGUUCUGGGCUCUAUGACUGCUAACCACAAUGGGACAUUCAGAUGCUAUGGCUGUUUUAUGAAUAAUACUCAGAUGUGGUCAACAUCAAGUAAUCCCCUUGAUAUUCAAGUUUCAGAAUCCUCAGCAUUACAGCAUGAAGGUCACACAAUUGCAAACUUCAUCCAGAUGGUUGUGGCUGCCUUGGCCCUAGUGACUCUAGUGGUUCUUCUGUUAGAGGCUUGGCACAGCAAGAGAGUUGAAAAACAUGUAAGUCUGAGUGUUGGACACAAGACUCCAUUACUGGCAGGAAACCUCCCAAAGCCCAUCAUCUGGGCAGAGCCAUGCUCUGUGAUUGCCAUACACACACCUGUGACUAUUUGGUGCCAGGGUUCCUGGGAGGCUGUGGAGUACCUUCUGUAUAAAGAGGGAAACAAAGAUCCUUGGGACAGACAGCUUCCACUGAAACAGAAGAACAAGGCUAAAUUUCGAUUUGAACGCAUGUUAAAGGGCUUUGCAGGAAUAUACAAGUGUUACUACAGGAGCCCUGUUGGCUUAUCAGAGCGCAGUGACACACAGGUGCUGGUACUAACUGGAAACCUCCCAAAGCCCAUCAUCUGGGCAGAGCCACACUCUGUGAUUGCCAUAUACACACCUGUGACUAUUUGGUGCCAGGGUUCCUGGGAGGCUGUGGAAUACCUGCUGCAUAAAGAGAAAAACAUAGAUCCUUGGGACAGAGUGUUCCCUCUGGAACAGCAGAAUAAGUCUAAGUUCCACAUUGAACACAUGUCCAAUGCAUUUGCAGGGAUAUACAAAUGUUACUAUAGGAGCCCUGUUGGCUUCUCAGAGCACAGUGACACACUGGUGCUGCUUGAGUUCAUUUCACACACUUCCCCUUGUAUCCUAGGAGUCUAUGUUCAACCAAGCCUGUCUGUCUGGCCCAGCUCUGCUGUGUCUUCAGGAGAGUCAAUAACCAUGCAGUGUAGCUCGUCACUGGGAUUUGACAGAUUUGUUCUGAUCCAGGAAGGAAAAUAUAACCUCCCAUGGACACUGGACUCACAGCAACAUAGCAACAUGUCUUUCCAGGCCCUUUUUGUUCUGGGCUCUCUGACUGCCAACCACAAUGGGACAUUCAGGUGCUAUGGCUAUUUUAAAAAUGUUCCCCAAAUAUGGUCAACAUCAAGUAAUCACCUUGACAUUCUUGUUUCAGAACCUCCAGCCUCGCAGAACCAACAUCAUACAGUUGAAAAUCUCAUCCGGAUGGUUGUGGCUGCCUUGGUUCUAGUGACUCUAGUGAUUCUGCUGUUAGAGGCUUGGUACAGCAAGAAAAUGGGAAAAUGUUCAAUUAAGGGAUAAACAAGAAAAACCACUGCACUCCACACUUGAGAAUACUGUGGGGAAUAAUUCUGGUGGUCCCAUUAACUUUUGAAAUGAAAAUUGCAUGUACAUUAAGGAACUAUACUCUGAGAUGGUCCAGGUACCAAGUAUGUUAUAGGUGCAUGGAAUUCUGGAGUUUAUGGCAAGAGCACUUUGUCUGCUCAGCUGUGUUCCUUUCCCCACACCUCACUGUGGAUACCUGCUCAGAUAGUCCUCCUCUUCUUACCUGCAUGUGUCAUGUAUGCCAUGGGCCCUUGAUUCUCUCACUUUCAAAUAUCAUUUUCCUUUACAAUGUCAGAGUAAAUAUUGUUCAUCAUGGGUUUUUACCUUUAUCACUAACAGAAAGAAGACAGGCUGAAAGCAAACAAAAAAAUCAGAAAGGCCAGAUUCCAGAGUAAACUAAGUGGGAUGAGUAUAAUGCCCCCAAAUUCUCUGUGGAGCUUUCAGUACCUUAUGUGAUAAUUACUAAAUUAAUCUGAGGUCUCUUUUUGAAAAUUUCAUAUUUUCUUUCAAUGUAUCCUCA